AUGACAACACUCUCAACUACUACUCGUUCACGCGCCGCUCAAGGCCUUACCCUCACACUCCGCCCUACCUCGCGAGUGCGGCGCGAUAGCCUCAUCGCGCUCGCUCGCUACUCCUCCACCAACGCCGCAGCAGCGCUUGAGGCGACACGCACAAACACACCCGUCGCCAAAGGCGCAGAAUCACCACUUUCAGAACUCCCUCCCCUAGUUCUCUACCGCUCUCUCCUGGUCAAUUCCAUAUCAUCAAGACCAUGGCUCCUCAUCCCUUCGCUACAUCUUCUUCAGAAGCUCUCCAACCCUGCGAACCCAUAUCUCUUCAAUGUUGAUCGCAACCCGCUACUGCGAAGCUUGCUGAAGCAUACGUUUUACAAACAGUUCUGCGCUGGUGAGACUGGCGCUGAGACGCAGUGCACUAUGAAGUCAUUGCAGGAUAUGGGAUUCAAAGGAACAAUUCUCACAUUUGCGAAGGAGACUGUCUUUGAUGCCAAGACUGGCAAAGAUCAGGGAUUUGGUAUCGAAUCUUCGAGCUCGAAUGAGUCUCAGUGGUGCGAGAACAUUGAGGCCUGGAGAGAGGGAACUGUCAGGACUGUUGAGUUACUCCGCGAGGGAGAUCAAUUGGCUGUCAAAAUGACGGGCGCUGGACCUGGAGUCUGCGACGCUUUCGCCAACGGCACCGAACUCCCCAAGCAAUUCGUCGACGCUAGCCACGAGAUCGCACAAAAGUGCAAAGACCGCGGCGCAUACAUUCUCAUCGACGCUGAAUCACAGCACUACCAAUGGGGCAUUUUCCGUCUCGGCAUGGAACUCCAGCAAAAGUUCAACACGGACGGCAAGGUCGUUCUCUAUAAUACCUACCAAGCCUAUCUCAAGAGCACCCAUGACACUCUGGCCAAGCAUCUCCAAGCUGCUCUUGACAAGGGCUUCACACUGGGCGUCAAGGUCGUUCGCGGCGCAUACAUGGCCUCUGAUCCCCGCUCCCUAAUCCACGACACAAAGCAAGACACGGACGACUCGUACAACCAAAUCGCCCAGGGUGUUCUCCAUCAAGAAUUCCGCUCCUUCGGCACAAGCAAGCCCUUCCCCUCCGCACAGCUCCUCCUAGCCAGCCACAACAAAGAGUCGCUGGUCAAAGCUCACGAAACGCACCAGGAGCGCACCAAGGCGGGUCUUCCGACUGUGCCGGUCAAGUUUGCGCAGCUCCAUGGCAUGUCGGACGAGGUUAGCUUCGGGCUGCUGAAGCUAAAGGACGAUGCGGGGGUGGCUCCCGAGGUUUAUAAGUGCACUACGUGGGGUACGCUUCCGGAGUGCAUGGCUUAUCUCACGAGGAGGGCUAUGGAGAAUAGGGAUGCUGCUGCGCGAACGCUGGAUGAGUAUUCGGCGUUGAAGAGCGAGCUUUGGAGACGGUUGGCUUUCUGGCGAUAG